AUGAAUUUAAUUUUAAAUAGAAAACUCAAUUUAUAUACAAAUCAAGUAAUACAAAACGAGGGUUAACUUACAAAGGUGGAGAAACAAAUUUCUAAAAGGCAAUAAUUUGGAUCAAACUCUUCACUCUUUGAGUUAGCAAGCCUUAAAUUUAAGAUAUUUUUUUGUCUCUUAAUCUUUUUACAUGAUUAUUAUAAGUAGAGAAAUUAGUAAAAAAGUAAGUUAAAUAAGGUAGAUCUAAGACCAUAUCUAGCUUAUUUUGAUAAUCCUGCUCUUAAAUUUCUAUAAAAUCAGUGUGAUACUUUAAAGUUUAGUAUUCAUAAAAGACUACUUAUGUUAUUUAAUCUCUUUUCUGUUAGAGUUACUCUUUAAAUUUUUUGA